AUGGCGCCUCUUGGCAGGUCUUGGCAACCUGUUACGGGCAGGCAGCUGUCCUUGUCUCUCUCAUCCCUUGAGCCUCACUUUUUGCGGGGGCCACUCACAGGUGAUGCAGCGCCUGCGCUCUGUGACGAGCCCACUCGCCAGCAAACUCCCAACUCGUCCGUAGACUCCGAGAAGGCUCUCGCGGAAGAAGCGAAGUUCGAGAAGGGAGAAGGCGUUAUAGUAAAGUUAGAGCAGCAGCAACGCGCGCGCGCGCACUGGGAUGCGCAGCUGGACGCGAUUAAGGGGCUGCAGGCAGCGUCACGUGCUGCCCGCCAGGCGAGCACGCCAAAACGGUCCCCGCUUGGGUUAGAGCACACCAUGCCGGCGAGACUGCAUGCGACGGCAGCGAGGUUGGAGGGGCGGGUUAGUUUAGCGAACCAGCAGGUUAUGGUCUCCCCUGACUGGGGCAACGCGACUUCGGACUCGGAGGAUAGCCUGCGUCGGCUGUCAAAGUCGCCGUUGGUGGACUACGAGAGCCCGGGUUUGAAAAGAGGGUUAGAGGGCGGGGUUAAGCGGCAGUUGUAGGUCAGCGGGGAG